AUGAGCGAGGAGUUCCUCGAUAUCUUGACUGCUGAUGCCCUGCGCUUCGACGAGUAUGCUGAAGAGUCGAAGGACCAUAGUGGGAGGGCUAGGAGCGUGAGAGUCACCGGUUCCUCAAGGCCCUCAAGCACAGCGGUCAAGCAAUCUACAAGGAUUUGCGACUCUGUCCUACUCAAAGCCUCCGGCCUUGAGGAGCCCGAGAAUCAGAAGAGGAUCAGGAUUUGGUCAUUUCCCCUUUCCGGCAUCUAA